ACUAGGCAACCUUGAAGCUUCCCAAAGAGAGAGUUUUCAAACUCAACGAACACGAUUGAGUCUGCCCUCGCCCCCCUUUUCACUAUGUCCUCACAUUCCGACCCUGCUGCAGUCCUGGCCACUCCAGUCAACAAAUUUCUGGGCUUGGUUAUCUUCACUCUUCUUUCCACCCAUUUCCCUGAUAGCUAUCCUUUUUUCCUUGGCUCCAGUGCUGGCCACUCCUCUGCUAGCCAACGUGUUUAAAAGCACCAUACUUGAUAUGAGGUCUGGCGUCUCUGUCUCUGUCGACCAAUAGUGAACCUCGUUUCGGUUAGCAUCUUGCCUUAAUCAGGUACACUGAGGCUCGGAGCGGCGUCCCAUAUCGGCACGCCAUAUGGUAGGUCUGCGCAUGCCCCAGGCCCGGCAUAUCAUUGACGCCAUGGAAACGCCCUCAAACCCCGGGCAAACCCCAGCCCUGCCAGUACCAGGCAGUGAGCCUGUACCUCUUCCCAUCUCGACCUUCUCAACACUCCAACGCCCACCGCCGACACGUGGCUGGAAGCCCAGAUGCGGCCAUAUUUCUAUGACACGCCUGUACCAUACGCCUUUCCGCUGCCAAAACUGCCAAAACCGAGGGGUAUUCGGUUGGCUUUAUCGUUGCACCCAGGAUCGCGAAGUUAUACUCCGAGAUAUGAAAAGCCGUGGUGGCAGGGUCACUUUCGAUGAGAUCGGCGAAGGCUUUGCGGAGCACAUGUCCCUCGGGAAUCGCGGCCCUGAUGCGCGAUCUGACAAGUUCAGCUUCCUGAAGGAGAUCACGUCGGAGGAGAUGCAAUCCUACACCCCUGAUCAGAUCGCCACCAUACUUGGCCAACGUGAGAAUGUUCACGAGGCCAUUGCAAGAGAUCGGCGAGGUGGUAACACAGUCCUGCGGGACCUGGCCUUUUCCUCUGUCAGGCAGCCAUGGGUACCUAGGCAGGGAGAGGAGUGUCAGCACAAAGUCUGCCCAUCCUGCAACAUCACGGGGAAAGAUAAAAGUUGGCUCAGUUUGAACGGUAUUGCCAAUGGCGUCAUACCGCCCACAGCUGUCACUGGCUUCUCCUUCUCCUAUAUGAAGUCAAGGCCCGUGUCGGAUCCUGAUAUCGUCAAGAAUCUUGGUUAUCGAGCUGUGCCUAUGCCGCGACCCCGGCAGCUGAUCUCCUUCACUCCUCCAAGCUCUCCGUCCUCGACUUGGAGCGUCAUGGAUAUCGUCGACGAGCAUCUCGGGAAGGUUGAUAAUCCCAGCGAUGAUUACCAGUCAAGCUGGUGGCAUCCUGAUUCCGGGGUCGCAGCCGAGCAAUCAUCAUCCAACCACACUACAACUACGGGAACCGAGAACACCAGUGGAAGAGGCAAAACUAGAGCAGGUGCUUCCAAAGCCGACAACUCGGUAAAUAUGUCUCCCGAACCACGCAACGAAGAUCUGUUCGUCCGACCCCCAUGGACCCCACCACUUACCCCUACCCGUGGGGCCGGGAGUGGUCUGGCAGGCUCAGAGAAAGCGAUCCGCUCUGCUUCCUACGAAGACGCCAGCGACGGUAGAAGCCCUUCAUCCCUCAAAACAAACCUCCCCGUUCGGCAAAAGGUGUCCUCGUCCGUCAUACCGUUCAGCGGCGAGGGUAAAGGUAGUUCGGCCGGGCCAGUCGCCCACACGGACCGUAACCACCCCGUCGCCGAGCAUUAUGUACCUUACCAGCCCGAGGAAGAGUGCGACGUCGGACUAUUCCAUCCUUUCAACCAAGGAGUGUUUGAUGCGGCUUGCCGGGAGGCACUACCACACCCGAGUACUGGGGAGCAGCACUUCUUUGCUGAAGAGGUGACUGCCAUGGAAGAAGCCGAAAACGAGGGAGGUUUCUUCGGCAAGGAACCGCUCGACGUGCCCGGUGGUGUGGCCCUGACGGAGGAGGCCGUCGAGUCGGCUACUGCCGAUAUUGCAUGGCUUAGGCUUUUGUGAUUAGCCUGGGGUGAUACCAAAUUAGGGGUUAAUAUUCGAGGACUGAAG